AUGCACCGCUUUGAGGUGAAAGGCCCCGGCGUGUGCACGCAGAGCUUUGUCGACUCCAUCAGCCCAGCCACGUGGCCAACUAACUUCGGGGACCCAAAGAACUUGGUCCUCGCUGCAGAUUACGUCUAUUUUGUGCCUGAUGCUGGCAGCACGACCCUGUUCCGUGCAGAUGUUGCUACCAUGACUCAGGUUCAGGAAUUGAGUGUUGGCGCAAGCUUCUCCUCCGGGUUUACAGAUCGAGACGGGGCAUAUGUGUACCUGGUACCGGACAGUUCCGGUUAUGCCUUCAAGCGUGUUGCAACUAGCACGUUCGAUGCGACGGAGACUGCGGAAUUGGAGCACACGAGCUUCAUGGGUGGUUUUGUCGCCGGCGAGUUUGUGUACGUGAUGCCAGGAACCUUCGCGCAUGGUGUGAUCUACAGGGUGGAUAUCGAGGGGUUUUCAACCGUGAGCCGGCUCUACCUGACGUCUGUCGAUUCGAGCCUCAGGGACUUUUCUGGCGGAUUCCACAGUGGAGAGUGGGGUUACUUGGUGCCAUUGCAGGACAACGCCAAUGCCCCGAGCAGCAAGGUGGUCCGCUUCAAGCUGGCAACCUUCUCUACGCAAGACGUGGAAAUUCUCCAGCUGUCGACGUCUGGCGGCUUCAUUGCUGGGUUUCAGGAUGGAAGAUAUGGCUACCUGGUUGGCAAAACCAGUCAGGAACUCGUCCGAUUCAGGUUGGACAUAUUCGGUGAUGAUGAAGCUUUGUCCUUAUCUGGAGAGCUCUCCGGCAAUGAGAUUAGUGGAGCUUUGAAGGUGGGCGAGUCUUUGCUUCAAUAUGCUUCAAUCUAUCACUGCCGAAGCUUACUUCAAGUCUUGACGGUGGAGGUGGGUGACUAUGCAUACGUCUUGGCGAAAGACGGCAAAGUCGCCGCAGCCUCAGCCGUCUUUCUGGGCUGUCGCACGUUCCUCGGUGCCUUCCCAGAGCCAUGGUCAACAGGGCAUGAUGACACGUCAUGCACCAAGGUGCAUGUGGAGCUGGCCACCUUCAGCGCUGUCGAUGUCUUCGAUGUAAACGGCGGCUCUGAUGCCCCUCGCCCCGCUGUGAUGGCCGGUGGCAGGAUCAUCAUUCGACGCACGGGGACUUCCGCAGGAGUUGCGACCUUCGACAGGACUGGAGGUGACUCGGACUUCGGACUGAGAAGCACGGUCUUUGCAAGCACGGUGCUUCUGCACCAGCACCGGCAGCACACCCUCCGAGCUGCGUGCCAGCAGGAGGUGUCCGGCUACACGAUGGAAGAGCCAGCAGAGUUCGAUUAUUCAAGCUUCACAAGUGCCUUUACGGACGACAAGUAUGUUUAUUUCUUCCGCGACACGCUCGGGCUCUUCCGCUCGGAGCUUCUUCUUGACAGCGCGGGCCUGCUUCCAAGCCAGAAGAUGACUUUACCCGAGGGUGUCCAGAACCAGGGCUACUUCGGAGGUUUCGUGGAUGGCAACUAUGGCUAUCUGCUGCCUUCCACGAACCAUGCGAUCGUCCUGCGAUUUCGGCUGGAGACCUUUACUUUCGUCGAUUCUCUGAACCUGGCGGACUCCUUUCCCUUCCCCCACGCGCUAGUCAAUUGGUGGGGUGGCUUCAUUUACGAAGACCAGGGCUACCUCCUUCCCAACGAAAAGGGUGUGCUUGUAAGAUUCAAUUUGGCCAACUUCAACACCAACACCCGGUACUUCAUCGACUUUUCUGAGCUGGAUGCGGAAUUAAAGUCCUUUAGAGCAGCAGUCUUGCACGGUACGGACGCAUACGUGGUGCCGCACGAGGUCCCUGCAACCAGCAUGGGCGUGUGCAAGGUGGUGAGGCUUAACCUCGAUGUGCUCGAGUCAAGCUGGCCUUCUUCCCUGACAAUUUGGGACAUCUCAGGCUGGGCAGACGCAGGAGAUGGCAACACUUACUGCGGAGGUUGGGGCCAGGGCUUCAGCGAUGGGUUCACAGACGGCACCUUCGUGUACAUGCUGCCAGGCUCUUCGGGCCAGCACCUGGCUCGUUUCGCCUUCGAUGACUUCGGCAGUGCCGCAGAAUCUUCUCCAGAGGCUUUGGUUUGGGUGGCUGUGGCGACGUCGUCCUACGACGGCCUCGCAGGCUUUGCUGGCACAAGCUCGGCGUACUUGGUGCAGAAGUUUUCCAGCAAGAUCUCGAAGCUGGAUCUCCAAAGUGCAACAGUCACGGACACUGUGGAUGUCAACCAGGCUGCUCCGGGAGUAUAUGGGUUCUACGCAGCAACUUCCAGCCACUCAGAUGUUCUCCUUUUCACGGACACUGACUACAAGAAGCUCUUUCGGGUGUGCCAGGAUCAUGGGCCGCCGGAUUACUGCAGCGGCGUUUCCGUAAAGAGUAUCGCAUAUUCGAACAAUGACUACACGGGGCUGAACAGUGGCUUUUCCGACGACACAUACAUCUACCUCGUGCCGCAUCAACGUUCCGUGCUGUUUCGCUAUGACCGGCAGAACACGGUGUCCUACGUCGACCUGCCCACCAGCCAGGCCUACAGCGGAGGCUUCGCCCAUGGAAACUAUGCAUACCUCGUCCCUGGUUCCGGUAACAAGCUGCUUCUCCGUAUCAACUUGCUCGAGUGGCAUCCCUCGUUUGUGGACAGCUCAGACUUGUCGUUGGUGUCUUCGAACUUGCAAAGCUUCUAUGGUGGCUUCCAUGACGACACCUACGGCUACCUUGUUCCUGGAGAGUAUGGCCAAGUUGCCCGCUUCCAGCUUGGAGACAGCUUCGGAGAUAUUCAGGUGCUAGAUAUCACUGCGAUACAGAACGAGCUGCGGAAGUUCAGGAAUGGGUUCUCCGACGGCACCUGGGGAUACCUGGUGCCUUAUCAGACGAGUUCAAACUCUGCGUCUGGGAAGGUCGUGCGUUUUGACCUUGCGACUUUCAGCACCGUAGAAGUCCUCGACGUUGCAUCAUCGAAUUCCAAUGCUGUGGCGUUUAACGACGGCUUCCACGACGGCACAUACGGUUACCUGGUUCCUGGCCAGAAUGGAAUAAUCGCGCGAUUCUCACUGGGAGACUUCACCUCAGAGAACGUGCAGUACCUGGAUGCAUCUGCGGCAGGCACCAGCUACGUGGCCGGCUUCCAGAGGGGUCACAGCGGCUACGUUGCCUCAGAGAGCGGCAACGUCUUCAAGUUCAACCUCGGCCAGUUCUCAGCUGUCGCCACUCAGGACUUGCAGACCACCUUGUACGACAUGGUCAUGGUGCAGGGCCAGUUCUACGCCCUGUCUUCGUCAGAUUUUCGGCAGUUCAUCCGCUAUUGCGAGGAGCCGCCCUUUGUGCAAGUGAGCCGGGCUCCUUGCCAGGAGGGCCAGGAAUUGCAGAACUACAGCGAUGUGCUGCCGAUGUCCGUGUCCAGCAUCGGCGGUGUCUUCAGCGAUGGCCUCUACCUGUACACCUUACCAAUGUCAUUUCUCGAGGUACACCGCUUCGACUUAGCGACAUUUCAGAUCUAUCAGAAGUUGGACCUCUCCAGUCUUGGCCUCCAGACCUACACUUACUCAGCCGGCCUCACUGACGGUGCCUUCGGAUACUUGAUUCCCGGAAGUGGCGGCUCACAAGUGGUCCGCUUUGAUCUGGCCAGCUUCGCGGGUUCUGCAGCGGAAGUGCAAGACCUGGCUCAGGUCAACUCCAGCCUGACAGGCUUUUCCGGCGGCUUUCUCGUUGGCAGCAGCCUUUAUCUGGUGCCUCAGGAGUCAGGCCACUUCGUACGUAUCGAUGACUGGAGCAGCGUGACGUCUUUGUCCCUGACGAGCACAGAUGCCGACCUGGUAAACCUGAGACCAGGGUUCGUCGAACUCGACGCCUCCUUCGCCUUCCUUGCCUCCUACCAAGACGCCUCGUACCAAAACACCGGCAAGAUCGUGAAAAUUAGUCUCAGCUCCUUUUCUGUUGACUCAGUCCUCGACUUGAAGAACGUGUCGUCCGACUACGUCGCAUUUUCUGCCACCUUCUCCGAGAAUUUCGGAGGCUACUCUGGGUUUGCUCUGUGCAGCAUGACCCCAAAAGUCAUCCGCUACGCCCUGGGGACCAUGGCUCUCCUGGAAGAGAAGGACUUCACCGAACACAGUUUCACCGGGUUCGCGCACGGCGCCCACGACGGGACCUAUGGAUACUUGGCCUCGGAUAGCUCGGCCAAACUCGUGCAGUUCAAUUGGCAAGAAAAUCUGUUCGCGGUCAUCGAUGCGAGCAACACCGGUGCAUACGGCUUCAACAGCUUCGCACUAACUGCUCCGGACGUUUACUUGGGAUCUAGCAGCGAUUAUCGAAGCUUCUACCGCAAGUGCCCGCAGGAGCUGUCGGUGACGACGACAGCGACAGUGACACGGAGCACCUCUGAAACGUCGACCUCCGUGACAGCCACGGGAACAUCUGCGACAGAGACAUCAACCUUCUCGCCGUCAACCUCCGUGACAGCAACGGGAACAUCUGCGACAGAGACAUCAACCUUCUUCGAGACGUCGACCUCUACAGGAACAAGGCAGGACCCAACGACGACAACAUCGACGACAGCAACAGCUACUCACACCGCAAGAGCGGCAACCGUGACAUCAUCCACGACAACAGCUUCUGCAAACGCGGUUGAAACCAACGGCAGCCAGUGCAGCCAGGGCAAUCUAAGCUACACGCACUACCUCUUCGAUGCUGAGGCAGACAUCCCAAGACUUCUGGGUGCUGGGCCCUCUGGCUUGUUCACAGAUGCGGUGUCCAUGAACAUCUUCUCCGAGGAUGAUUCGGGGUUACCAAGAAGGGGGAUAGCGCCGCAGACUAACUUCACUGGCGUGGACCUCGCGCAGGGUGGGCUCUUCAGCGGCUUCCGGGCCGGGUUCUUCGCCGCGGAUCUGGCGGUGCUCGUUCCCCGGGACUCCAGCUGGGUGGCGGGCUUCAAUGUGUCCAACGCGGAGAACACGAUUUCUUUGAAUCUUCUGAACCACUCUGCAGAGCUGACCAACUUCACUGGUGGCUUCGCCGCAAAGGCUUGGGCCUUCUUGGUGCCUGCGUACUUUGGUCGAAUUCCACGGCUACGAGCGGAUGACCUGACAUUCAGUGGAAGUGUGGACCUGACUGAAACUUCUCCGGAUCUUCACGUGUUCUCCAGCGGAUUCUUUGUGGACGGUUACGGCUUCUUGGUGCCGCACUCCUCGAGGGAUGGAAGCCCCUUGGGCAAGGUCGUGCGCUUCCAUGUGGACACUUUGGAAGUGGAGCUCCUGGACCUGGCCAGCCUCAAUGAGAACUUGGCAGGAUUCCAUAGUGGUAUCGAGCGAGAUGGCUUCGGAUACCUCGUCCCCGGGGUCUUCGGCUGGGCGGCUCGCUUCGAGCUCGCCGACUUCAGCCUCUUGGGAGAUGUCAGAGGGGGAGGGCCAGGUACCUCGUCGGUGCGGAUGCUGAAUCUUACCUAUGUCGGCGACUUUAUGGGGGCUCAUUUGGAUACGUUCGGUUCGACCGUCUACUUCAUCACGCUCCAGGGCGAAUUCGUCGCGGUAGAUCUGCCGGAUUUCUCUCUCAGCGACGUCUCGGACGGGCAGUUGGAGACCGAGUACUCGGAGUACUAUCCGUCUCUGCUGUACUAUCCUUCUGCCAUUGCCGGCUGGGGAAGGCAUUCCUUCUUGUGGAGCCUGGGGCCAACGAUGCUUUCCCUCGAGUGCGAUAACGGGGUUGCAGAGACAGGGACACCCAAGACGAUAGUCACGUUCGUUAUGUACGGCUAUGACGAUGCCAGCUGGAGAGAUUAUGCUUGGGCGUUGAGCAUGAUCGACGGAAGAUCGCCGGUGUCGAUGCAUGCGUCUCCUGGUCCCUUCGGCAGCUGGGUGGGUGAGAACUUUCUUAUUGAGCGUGAGAGCGGUGAUGUGGUGCUCAACGUCACAUGGCAGGAAGACAUGGUUUCCCAGGAGUUCCAGGGCAUUGCCGGUGAAACUUUGUAUCUGACAGUGACGCCAGGCAACAGCUCUGGCGGCGACGGACGCUGGUGGGACAUCAUCGACGACCACGGCAUCGCAUAUUCUUCGUGGCAUCAGCUGUAUCCUACAAAGCAGCCAUUCAUGGCGGUAGGAGCGACGCUGAGAGCUGGAGGAGGCCAUUCGGAGAGGGCGAAGUUCGAGGAGUUCUACGUGGAACCGACUGCCACAUUGAGCCUGAGCGUGAGCCCAAGAGGUGACACCAAUGGAACGAACAUAGCCUGGGUGUUGUACGACGUGAACAUGGAUGCUAUCAUGCGAUCCGGCGACGAGAUCUGGGAGAAGUUUCCGCGGAACGCAAUUUUCAGUCCUCGCCGCCUGCUUGCAUUCUGUGCAAAGGGGCUUGCUGCUGGGCAGGCACCACCUCGUCUGGGCCUCACUGAGCAGCUGCCAGACGAGAUGGAUCUGCCAAGACCUGUUGUCCUCGCAGACCGCAACUGUCACCUUGUCCUCUACAAGAGCCAGCUCUUCGAAGUCAUGGAGAGCCUGUUCCUCAACGUUGUGGCCUCAUUUGUCGGAUCUGCUCACUGUCAGCCACGAGAACCUCAGCAACUGCAUUCCCGCCGCAGCAAGUUAGGUGACAUCCACGACAACAGCCUCAGCAACCGUGACAUCCACGACAACAGCCUCAGCAACCGUGACAUCCACGAUCACGACCUUGACCAUCGUGACAUCUACGACAACCGCCUCAUCAACCGUGACAUCUACGACAACGGCCUCAGCAACCGCAUCCCCACUGCAGCUAACGGGGAUGGACAGGUCUUAGUUGCCAAGGUGACCAACACGACCAGCACUGUCUCGACAGCCAUGGGCUUACUUUGGCAGGAAGCUGACUGCGACGACAUCAAGCACCACGACUUUUUCUUCCACGUCGACGUCCUCCACGUCGUCGUCCACAACCUCCUCAUCCACGACAUUGUCGUCCACGACGUUGUCGUCAACAACAGUGUCUUCCACUACAUCAUCAUCCACGACGCUUUCGAUCACAAGUACUACAACUUCCACAACUUUGUUGCGAAGAAUGACUUCGCGCUGCCAUCAACGGUGCGUGAGGACUCGCCCGAGGGCGCUGUCGUUGCGGCUGCGUUGGAGUCCGUGUUGCUCGCCACGAAGUCCUCGGAAGGGUCUGUCACAUCGUCGACGCCAAGUGGGAACGUGACUGUGGUCAAGCUGAGUGGUUCUGCAGCUAACUCCAGCACGCCAGACCAGAACCGCAUGGUGCUGCAAAUCAACAACGGCAACGCCGGAGCUGCUGGCACGGGCAACGACGGGUCAUUGUCUACAGUGGCUGUUUCCGUGCCCUUGGCGGUAGUGGAGGACCUGGCGCAGGGACAGAACGUGCUGUUGUCGGUCAUGACAAUUGCAGAGGAGGUGUCCCUCACACUGCCAAAUGCAAACACCGAACGCGAGACUGUCGAGCUCACUUCCAAGGUCAUGGAGCUGUCGCUGGUCCUGGAAGCCGGGGGCGCCGUCACCGUGGCAAAUGUGUCGGACCUGACCGAGCCCAUCGCCUUUCAACUCACUGCUGGCGAAGCAGUCCCGGGAGACCAAUGUGCUUUCUUCGAUCCAGUUUCACAGACAUGGUCUACGAAGGGCAUGGGGAAUAUGGACGCAGAAACGUUCGCGGCGCUGGGGCUGGGGAGCACGAUGAACGGAACUUGGUGUCUGACCACCCACACCUCCAUGUUUGCGCUUGUCCAGAUCAUCCCCUUUGAGUCCAUGUGGGACCCAGAGGCAGGUGCCCUGAACGCUAAUGGUUACAUCGUCGCCGGUUUAGUCCCCAGCAACCUGUGCCUGCAUCCGGCCCCUGCCUUCCGGUUUCGCCGGCCCUGCUGCUCCGGACCCCUUGCCGGGCACUUCGCCCCGACCGGAGGUACCGCCCUGACUGCUGCAGGCUCCUUGACCGGAAAGGAGCGCCUACGCCGAGCCUGGAGAGCUGGAGCGUGGGCAAAGCUGGUCUUAGCUGGCACUGUGGGGACACCCAACUCUUCCCCUCCCCUGAACUUGCCCUCGCGCUUCUACGUUGUGCUGGGCGGGGAAGGCUGCGGGCCCCUUCCCGGGCUCAACUGCUGUGUGCCACGGCUUCCCAUCGGAGCUGGAAGCAAGGGCCUACACUUGUGCUGCUGGUUUGCUAUGGCCUCCUUCUUCAGCCUAGAAGACCUCACCCCCUACCAUGUGACGAGGCAGCUGAUGGUUUACGAGCAUCCCUCCCACGACGGGGACGGCAUAACCGAGUGCUUGGCAGCUGUUGUGUUGAAGAGGGACCUGGGAUUCCUGCUAGCCCUCCCUCGGGGAGUGCUGGACGAUGCCGAGGUGGCCCAAGGCCUGGUUGCACCAGUGGAUGCAUUGCUGGGGCCCACUCACCCCUCAGAGGUGCCGAGCAUGCUGCAGUCUCCUUCUGGCCUUGUGGCAGGAGAUGGUCGGCCUGUGCAAUUCACACUUGCCGACCUUUCGGUCGAUGCUCUCAGCCGACUCAGCCCCUACGAUCCCGAGGAGCCUCCGGAGCUUAUGGUUGCUUUCGACGCGGGGUCGCCAGACCUUGUGCCCGAGCCGGCUGCCCUGCUAUCUGCCGCCCAGGCCUGGGUUGCAGAUCCCGACAUGGCUGCUUCCGAAAGGGUGACCUUUUACUCUGCCGACGAGGCCCCAGUAGGGGCCCAAGCCUCAGAGCCAAAGAAGCCGCGACCGGUGCUCCACCUUUCUCGGCCAAAGCUGCAAGCUCCUCCGCCGCGGGCCGCCACUGGAGGCGCCGAGCCAGGGCCCGGGCAACAGCACGAGAAGCCGAAAAGGACGACCAUGGCGGGGCUAGCAGCACAGCUGGACACACUGGUUGCCACUCUGCCCGCCAUCUCCAACAAGCUGGCCGAGGUCGACCAGAAGCAACAGGAGCUGGCAACAAUGGUGACAUCCGGGGCGGCUGCCCCUUUGAAGCAGCCCUUGAGCACAGCCUCGGCCCUGGGAGCCGGUUCAAAACCUGCAGGCCCGCUAGCUUUGACGAUAGGGCCCCCUCCGGGCUCUCGCCACCCGCCGCCGGGCCCUCCUGGAAAGGCCGCCGAGGAGACAGCCGACCUGGAGGAGGCGAUCGAGGAGGCCGACCCAGGCGAUCAUUUGGCCCGUGCUAUGCUUGCCCAGUCUCAAGCCCUGACUUCUUUGGUGCAGCAGCUGGCGGCAGCCGGCGGGGAUGGUUCACUAGAGUCAGGCGUUGUUGGGUCCCUAGGCGUUCGGGGCUCGGCCCAACGAGCCCGUUUGCAGGAGGACCUUGCGCAAGGCCGUGGCUUGUUUUACCAGCAGGUGUGCGCAAACAUGGCCCGCAGAAUGAUGCCCUCCCAGCAGCCAGGGGCCAGCCAAACCGAGCUGGUGAGUCAGGGAAUCUCUCUGACCCGCUAUUGGGAGAGAUUCGGAGGAUGGUCAGGUUCCAGGGACCUGGGCCUCCUGGCCUUCCAGGUGGGCCUCAUCUUCGACGCCCUGCUGAACGAUCGUGUGCAGCUUGCAAAGGACCACCUAGCAUUGCUAGCAGUGUGCUUGGAGCAGGCAGCAAUGGACGGGGGCAGGAUGGAGGUGGCCUACCAGAUGACUUUCCUGGAGGACCCCCCAUCCUCCAUGUUCAUGGCGCGCGCGGGCCCAUCAGCGCGCAGCCGGGCAUUCGCCCCGUUGGCAUCGCAAAGGUGGGUGUCGGUGAUCCUGACCCACCUCCGAGAGCUCGACACCAUUCAGGCCAGGCGGGGCGAGCAGACAAGACCAAAAGGGCAAGCCGCGCAGGACACAGCCAGCGAGAGCGCCGACUCUCCUCCCCGGCGCCGGCCUCCAAAGAAAAAGCCGCCUG